UUGAACAAGGCGGGAGAGACGGCCAUUGACGUGGUGUGCUAUGCCGCCCAGAUCGCAGCCCAACUGGGAGCGCACAUCAUCAAGGUCAAAGUGCCGACGGAUCAUAUUUAUCAACCGGAAGCCAAAAAGGUCUAUGAAGCCGAGAACAUUCCGAUCAGUACCCCGGUCGAGCGAAUCCGUCACGUGGUGCAAAGUGCGUUCAACGGGAGACGCAUCGUCAUUUUCUCCGGGGGCGCCAAGGGUACGGACAAGACCAUUUUCGACGAGGUGCGGGCGAUUCGCGAUGGGGGAGGUUUCGGUUCGAUUAUCGGCCGGAAUUCUUUCCAACGCCCGAAACCCGAUGCCGUAACGUUUUUGGACGCCUGCAUGAAAAUUUAUGCAGGGGACGUGGCGUAA